ACAUUAGAUAUUGAAUAGAUCUUGUCGAAAUGGUAAUUAAAAAAAUGUAAAACAUUAAAAAAAAUUCUGUAUUGAUAUUGUACAAUAGUAGAAAUGUCAAAACCAUACUAUGUCAAAAUGCAACUCUACUGUCAACGUACCAGUUCACUGUCACUUUGAGUCAUUAUUUUGACAUAUACGGUUGAUUGAGUUGUGUCAAAAAGGCAAAGAUUUUUACUUGGUCAUUUUAGUGUGGCAAUCAAAAUGAGUAGAUAUAGUUUCUUACAAAGGUCAACAAACGGUUCGGCAACGACUGGGAAACGAUUUCGUAGGCUCGAAAAGGUUUGGACACACGAUGAACAAAAACUGCUCAUCGAUUUUAUAGCAUCAAGACCAGCUAUAUGGGACCCCGAGUCCGAAUUAUAUAGAAAUCGCGAUAUUAGGAAGAAAAUUUGGGCAGAGAUCGCCGAGCUUACAAAGCACAGUGUAAAUGACGCGAAAAAUUACUGGAAUAAUUUGCGCUCGAGAUUUAAUACGGAGCGACGGAAGGCAGUGCUGUAUGAAAAAAAGCAUCCCGGCAAUAAAUAUGAAUCGGGUUAUGAAUUUUAUUUAGGAAUGCAAUUUUUAACUAAAAUAGAACCAAGACGGACGGCGCACAGUGUCGAGGAUGUGCAUAUUCAAAUGAAUGAUUAUAUAUCCCUUGGAAGUCAUUCACAAGAUGAAAGCGAUAUAGAAUCUAUACCGAGUUUACUGGAACCUAAAUAUGAAACUAUUAAUAAUGAUUAUUCUGAUUCCAACAUAAAAGAGAUAUUUGUCAAUGACGCGUUAAAUCAGCAAAUGGCAACUGUCAAUAAUUAUUCUUCUUCGGAAAAGUUUGUGCACCCAAAUGAGCAUAUGUUGGACAAUUUAACAAUGGAUCCGUUGAAAGCAGAUGAAUUGCCAGCCAGAAAAAAGCGCAAACUGCAUUUGGGAAAUAAUCCGGAAGUACCAGUCCGCAGAAAGUGGAAGGACGUAUUUUCCGAGUUCAUAUUGUGCGAACUAGAAAGAUACGAGUACAGUGACGCACAAAGACUGAAGGCUGAACUGACGACCGUUUGCUUGAAUUUUCAACCACAAAACCCGCAAAUAAAUGAUUAUUAAUGUAAC